GACAAGUUGACAACAUUAGGAAGCUCCCGCUUCCAGGUUUCAGCUUAUGUUUGGCGGCAAAAUCUGAAAAGUAAAAGCUGUUAAAACUUGGUGGUUGGAAAAGGUUUAGGGUUUUUCUCCCCCCCAAAUUCCCCCAUUACUUGAUUCGUUGCCAAGAACGUAAUCAUGAUUUUCAUAUCCUGAGUUUAUCAUCGAUUUAGGGUUUCAAUUCAAUGGAUGCGUCGUUCCUUCCUUCCGAUUCCCCGACUAUAAAGCCCAUUAACAAGGCUUCGGUUCACAGAAUCUGCGCCGGUCAAGUCAUUCUCGAUCUUUCGUCGGCGGUCAAGGAGCUCGUCGAAAACAGUUUAGACUCCGGCGCCACCAGCAUUGAGAUCGCUCUAAAAGAGUAUGGCAAAGAGUGCUUCCAGGUUAUCGAUAAUGGCUCCGGCAUUUCGCCCAACAAUUUCAAAGUCAUUGCCCUUAAGCAUCACACAUCUAAAUUGGUUGAUUUCCCCGACCUUCAGUCGCUGGCUACGUUUGGUUUUCGCGGCGAGGCCAUAAGUUCCCUGUGCUCAUUGGGGAAUUUGACCAUCGAAACCAGAACGGAAAACGAGACGGUUGCAACGCACUUGACUUACGACCAUGCGGGAUUGUUGGUGGCUGAGAAGAAGACAGCACGGAAAAUUGGAACUACUGUUACUGUCAAGAAUUUGUUCUCGAAUUUACCCGUCCGGAGCAAAGAAUUUCAUAGAAACAUAAGGAAGGAGUACGGAAAGCUUAUCUCCUUGCUGAAUGCCUAUGCUCUUAUUGCGAGAAGGGUUCGGUUAGUAUGCACUAACACAACAGGUAGAAAUGUAAAGUCCGUGGUGCUUAAAACACAAGGAAGUGAUUCUCUCAAAGAUAACAUUAUCACACUUUUUGGCAUGGGUACCUUCAACUGUUUAGAGCCUCUGGAUUUAUGCAUAUCAGAUGGUUGCAAGGUUGACGGUUUCCUGUCCAAGGCAGGGCAAGGUAGUGGACGCAAUAUGGGAGAUAGACAAUUCUUUUUUGUAAAUGGUCGACCUGUGGACAUGCCUAAAGUCACAAAGCUUGUGAAUGAGUUAUAUAGAGGUGCCAACUCCCAGCAACAUCCCAUUGCAAUUUUAAAUUUUACUAUUCCAUCUGGAGCAUGUGACGUCAAUGUUACUCCGGAUAAAAGGAAAGUAUUCUUUUCUGACGAGGGUUCCAUAUUGCAUGCCCUAAGGGAGGGUUUACGGCAGAUUUAUUCCUCUAACCAUGCUCGUUUCGUAGUUAAUAAAGUUGAAGAGCCUACCAAGGCUGUAAAUUCUCCGUCAUGUUCUUCUCAGCAAAAAUCUUACACAUCUUUGAAACCAUUAUCUCAGGAUGAGAGUGGUCCAGAAGGUGAAAAUAUGGACCUUGUUUCAGAGGAUGAUAAUCAAGUCAAAACUUUGGAAAACGAAGUUCAAGACAUUCAUGAUGUAGAAAGAUUCAAUUGCAAUAUUAAAAUGAAGGACUUUACUCUUAGAGGACACAAAAUUAAAGAAUCAGAAGACAGUAAACAAUUCACUAUUCACGAUGAUAGUAUCACAACUGAUCAAAAAGUGCUUCCUCUUCCGAAAACUGUUGAUGGUGGCAUUGCUACAAAUAAGGAUUCAUAUCGUUCAAGCUCUGUUCAAACAUUACUUAACAAAUUUGUCACUGUAAAUAAAAGGAAGCAUGAAAAUAUCAGUACAGUACUAUCUGAGAUGCCUGUCUUGAGAAAUCAGAGUCAUCAUGGGCUUGCCAAAAAUAGCAAUUCUGAUGUGAAAUUCGCAGUUCCAAGAUCCUCAGUAAGCCCCACCCUGGUUGAUCAUUACUUGGAGGCAGGUGAGAUAGAAUCGUCCAAGUAUUUAAGAGAAGACAGGGCCACCAAUAAAGUCGCAAAUCCACUUUCUUCUGAAGGCAGUACAAAUGGCAGAGAAUCUCAAGAGGAUAUUGAUGCUAAAGAGAAAGGAGUUCCCGUUGCUAAUGUCUCAUCAAAUGCUGCAUCCAGUGAGGAUCUCUCUAUUAAUGUGCAUGAAGGUGUUUCUGUUCAAACUCCUUUAGAUUCUUCUAAUCAGCUGUUGGUUGUUUCAAAGUGUUCUUCUGGUCUUGAGAUAUGUUCCACCUUGCAAUUUAGUUUGCAAGACCUAAAGAACAGGAGGCAGCGGAGGCUGUCUCUAUUGCACUCUAGUAAAGAUAAUCAAAGAAAGAAGGGGAAAAGGUGCUAUGCUGCUGCCACACUAGAGCUUUCUCAGCCAGUAAAUGAAGAUAGAAAGGCAAAAGAUUUAGUUGAAGCUACUAGAGAGCUGGAAAGACUUUUCAGAAAGGAGGAUUUUGGUAGGAUGAAGGUAAUUGGACAAUUCAACCUUGGAUUCAUCAUUGGGAAGUUAGAUCAAGAUCUAUUUAUUGUCGAUCAGCAUGCUGCGGAUGAAAAAUACAAUUUUGAGCGUUUCGCACAAUCGACCAUCUUAAACCUGCAGCCUUUGCUUCGGCCAUUAAGGUUGGAGUUAUCUCCUGAAGAAGAAGUAGUUGUUUCCAUGCACAUGGAUAUUUUCAGGAAAAAUGGAUUUGCUUUGGAAGAGGAUCUAGAUGCACCGCCAGGGCACCACUUUAGACUGAAAGCGGUUCCCUUCAGUAAAAACAUAACUUUUGGAGUUGAAGAUGUGAAGGACCUUAUUUCGACUCUGGCUGAUGGCCAUGGGGAAUGCUCAAUAAUUGGUAGUUACAGGACGGACACUGCUGAUUCUGUUUGUCCGUCACGAGUUCGUGCUAUGUUGGCAUCACGUGCUUGCAGAUCGUCUGUCAUGAUUGGGGAUGCUCUUGGAAGGAAUGAGAUGCAGAAGAUACUUGAGCAUUUGGUAGGGCUGAAGUCUCCUUGGAAUUGUCCACAUGGAAGGCCCACAAUGCGCCACUUGGUAGAUUUGACAACCAUAUACAAGAGUGCAGAAGAAUGAUGCUGUUGCUGUUGUUGGAUAACUUAUUUAGGUAAACCUUGUGUAAAUACAUAAUCUUGUGUAGAUGUGUAAUCUCAUCCUUGGUGGACUGUGGUAGAGAAUUAUAAAUAGUCUCUUUAGGCCAUAGUUGCGUUGCAUUGCAUUGCAGUUAGCUCAAGCAAUUUUUUUUGGUAUAUCAUAUAUUAUAUCCUGGCACAGGAAUUGACCUAACCAAUUGAGGAGGUCCUUGUUACUUGAAAAAAAGGGCAAAUGCACGAGAAAUCAAUUUUUGGUA